AUGACGCGUAUCUCGAUGUUUAAAAUCCUCACAUGCCUCUUAAACCCGAAAAUUGUUCUUAAACCUGAGUAUCGUCCACUCUGCUGUCGCUCGUUGGGCCCGGGGUGCUCAGCGUCUGCCCUGGGGGCUCCCCUGUGGGCUGCGGCCCCUCGUCCCGGCGCCGUUGGCGCCCAGACCCGCUCCCGGUGCUGUUUGGGCGCUGUUCUCAUCUGUCGGAAUUACCGUGGAGAUGUGGACAUGUCAGAGGUGGAGCAUUUUAUGCCAAUCCUUAUGGAAAAAGAAGAAGAGGGGACGCUUUCUCCUAUUCUAGCACAUGGAGGAGUUCGUUUUAUGUGGAUUAAACAUAACAACCUAUAUCUUGUUGCAACUUCUAAGAAAAAUGCAUGUGUAUCACUGGUGUUUUCAUUUUUAUAUAAAGUAGUUCAGGUUUUUUCUGAAUAUUUCAAGGAGUUGGAAGAAGAGAGCAUUAGGGAUAAUUUUGUUAUUAUUUAUGAGUUGUUAGAUGAGCUUAUGGAUUUUGGUUAUCCACAAACCACUGAUAGUAAAAUUUUACAAGAGUACAUCACUCAGGAAGGUCACAAACUUGAAACUGGAGCUCCACGUCCACCUGCCACUGUUACGAACGCUGUUUCAUGGAGAUCAGAAGGGAUAAAAUACAGGAAAAAUGAAGUCUUCCUGGAUGUCAUAGAGUCUGUUAACCUUUUGGUCAGUGCCAAUGGAAACGUAUUACGGAGUGAGAUAGUUGGAUCCAUUAAAAUGCGAGUCUUUCUCUCGGGAAUGCCAGAGCUGCGCCUCGGUUUAAACGACAAAGUUCUCUUUGAUAAUACAGGCCGUGGCAAAAGUAAAUCAGUAGAACUGGAAGAUGUAAAGUUUCACCAGUGUGUUCGUCUCUCUCGCUUUGAAAACGACAGGACAAUUUCUUUCAUUCCGCCCGAUGGAGAGUUUGAACUCAUGUCCUAUCGUCUUAAUACCCACGUAAAACCACUGAUCUGGAUUGAGUCUGUGAUUGAAAAACAUUCCCACAGCCGCAUCGAGUACAUGAUCAAGGCAAAAAGUCAAUUUAAGCGUAGAUCAACUGCCAACAAUGUGGAGAUUCACAUUCCAGUUCCAAAUGAUGCGGACUCGCCAAAGUUUAAAACCACUGUUGGAAGUGUCAAAUGGGUUCCAGAGAACAGUGAAAUUGUCUGGUCCAUUAAAUCUUUUCCAGGUGGAAAAGAAUAUCUGAUGAGAGCUCACUUUGGACUUCCAAGUGUUGAAGCUGAAGAUAAGGAAGGAAAACCUCCCAUUAGUGUAAAGUUUGAGAUUCCAUAUUUCACCACUUCAGGAAUCCAGGUUCGCUACUUAAAGAUAAUUGAGAAGAGUGGCUAUCAGGCUCUCCCGUGGGUUCGUUACAUUACCCAGAACGGAGACUACCAGCUUCGAACACAGUAAAACACCUCGCAAGCACCACAGAUGCCAAAACUUCAGGCCUAGAAUUUGUUUGCAGAAGCUUCUGUGGUACCGAGAGCCGUGAAUGUUGUUGCCAAGGGUCUUGUUUCUGCAAUCUUGGAUUGGCAGGGGAGAGAUUGGAAAAUUACUGUUUUCAAUAAUGUGUUUGAGCAUUUGAACCAUUAGUAUUGAUUGUGUGAAUAUUUAUUUCAUUCUUAGAACAUGCUGAUCUUGCUGCUAAAUACUAAUUACAUUAGGAGUAGCAGUUACCUUGAGGAGCCAGGAAUACAGAAUGAACCUUGAGAAUGUUUUGUCAAUGCCUUGUCCGUUACAUUCGCAAAGUUUCUAGUAUUUGUAUUUUAGGAUCUCUAAAGACAUUGGCAGCAUUAUGCUACAAAUUCGGGAGACGAUGGUGCAAUUAAAUGACUGCUGAACACUUGGUUGUAUUUAGCCCAAGGUAUUUAUUUUUUUCGGGGCAUAUGGGUGCCUUAACUCAUUCAAAGCUCUGUUAACUUAUAAAAAUUUACGGAAUAUGAGUUAAAACUAUCUGAAGUCCAAAAGUACCAUUUGCUCUUGUUGCAUGGUUUCAAAGCAAUUAAUCUGACAGAACAACUUCAAGUGAAGGGUUUGGAAACAGAAAUAAGGGUUUGUUGAAGACUAAGUUAACUGAGAACAAGAGAUGGCAGAAGUAAAUGUCUAUGGGAACGUCUCUGUGGAAGCGUGAUGAUUGUUAGUUCAAAGUAGUCGAAAUGCAGACUGAAGAGUUUCAACCCUGUGAUACCCCUAUGCCAAUUGACUAGUAUUUGCCUUUUUUUAAUUUGUAUUUGUAAAACAAGUUCAAAACUGUGAUAUGUAGGCAUAAGACCUUAGAUUAAUUAUUAAAAAAAAAAGACAAUUUUGGAGGCAAUGAAAUUUGGUAGGAAGAUUGGUUUUUUAAAUUAUUGUUUUUCCAGACAAUAGUAAUAUACUCUAACCUCUUCCUGAAAAUCAAUCGUUGUUUAUGAAGAGGCCGAUAAAAAUACAGUUGCCAUCUUUCUUCCAGCUUGCCUUUGUGUUAAUUUAGGGCAAAUAUUUCCCUUUUUUGCUAUAGUUUGCUAGAAUUGUUUAACUUUAUUUGCCCUAAGGGGGAUGCUUUCUUUCUCAGUCUUUUCCGUUUGUAAACAGUUAUUAUUAUAACUUCCUGGCAGAAUGGAUAACAGUUGAGAAUGUUAUACUUAAAGGUAUUAUUUUUUUUACAUGCCGUUUCAUUUUUUUCUGAGAAGCUAAGAUUGGCAUGGGUGUACAUAGUUAUUUUGGUUUUUUUUUCAGAAGAAUUUUGAUGAUUAUCAGUAUUUUCUUUAAACAAUUUUUAGACUGUUUUGGUUUGAAUUUAGUGCUCCUGACAGAUGCUAAACUUAAACCAUCAAAAUCUAAAUACAUGUCCUCAAACGCGAUGUAAUACACUGGGCGCAAGGUUCUCCGCACCACUCUGUUGACAGUCCUUGACUCUCCCACAAGAUUGAGAAGAUAUUUCAGUCAUUGUCCCCAGUAAAUCCUUGUGGACUAUAUACAGAGAGAUAGCUGUGUAUACAGUAUAUACUAUUAGCAAAAAACCAACUAAAUUCCCUUGUGAUGCAGCUGCUGUAACGUUACAGGAGGAUCUGCCUCAGAACGGACUGAUACCUGAAGGUACCUAGGCAAUAACCAGACAGCUGGCUAGGCAACGAUAGGUGUGGGCAUGUAUAUUCUGGAGUAAGGUUACUGUAUUUGUCACCCAACAAGCUUGAUGUUGAAACAAAUCAUCUUGUUCAAGAUUUUGGUUCCACUACUCAUUUUCAUUUGAACAAUUAAGCUUAUGACUGGACUAAACAUUUUUAUAUUAAAACUGUAAUUGGUUGACAAAUCACUUCCUGAUGACUCUGUUCUUCAAAGUGUUCGCUUUAACUGUUUGCCUGUAAAAUGCGACUCAAUAGCUUCAUUUAUUCUCCUGUCGAAGGUUGUAUCUUGCGGACCAGAACAGUGUCUUCUCAUAUUUUGUCGCAAUUUGACUCUGUUGUGAUGAUGGGGCAUCAGCCAUGCUUGUCCAGGAAGUAAUAAAGGGCAAAAAGUCCUCUUUG